UUGAACUUCCCGUAUAAGAACGGAGAUAGAAGGGGCGGAGCUGAAGCCGAGAGGAAGAAAGGGACGUUGAAGUGACGUCCGCGUCUCAGAUCAAGUUGCAGCAUCAUUGACGAAAGUGAACUGGAUAUUAGUUCCACUUGGGCUGGUUUUUGGGUGUGACAUGUUAUAGCACGGUUCCCAGAGACCAGCGAUCGCUGUCCCUACGCCAGCUGUAACUGGACAUAAGGAGGCAUAUCAAGCCCAGUAAUGGCUGCCAUACACAAGAAACCUUGUACUGCUUCAGAAAGCUCCACUGAGUCCAAAAGGACAGACCUAAAGAGCAAUGAGAAGAAGGGCUCUUGGGCCUAUUACAUGACCAAUUCUCCACUUCUGAUUGUGUUGGUUGGGUUGCCUGCAAGGGGGAAAACGUACAUUUCCAAGAAGUUGACACGCUACCUCAACUGGAUCGGAGUUCCAACAAAGGUCUUUAAUCUCGGGGCUUAUAGGAGAGAAGCAGUGCAGUCAUACAAGUCCUAUGACUUCUUCAGACAUGACAAUGAAGAGGCAAUGAAAAUAAGAACACAGUGUGCUUUGGUGGCACUGCAGGAUGUUAAAACCUAUCUGAGCAAGGAAGGAGGUCAGAUUGCUGUUUUUGAUGCCACCAACACUACCAGGGAGAGGAGGGCACUCAUCCUUAAGUUUGCACAAGAAAAUUCAUUCAAGGUCUUUUUUGUGGAAUCAGUAUGUGAUGAUCCAGAGGUCAUAGCUGAAAACAUCAUGGAAGUGAAGGUCUCCAGCCCAGAUUACCCUGAAAGGGACAGAGAACUUGUCAUGGACGAUUUUCUAAAGAGAAUAGAGUGUUAUAAAGUCACCUAUGAACCUUUAGAACCGGACGAACAUGACAUGAACCUGUCCUUCAUUAAGGUCAUUAACGUUGGCCGUCGCUUCUUGGUGAACAAGGUGCAGGAUUCCAUCCAAAGUAAGAUAGUGUACUACCUGAUGAACAUCCAUGUGCACACCCACUCCAUCUACCUUUGUCGGCACGGAGAGAGCCUCCACAAUUUGGAGGGACGCCUGGGAGGCGACUCUGGCCUUUCAGAGAGAGGAAAGAAGUUUGCUGUGGAACUGAAAGCGUUUGUGAACGAGCAAAAUCUUUCUGACCUGAAGGUCUGGACCAGCCAGCUGAAGCCUACCAUUCAGACGGCGGAAGAGCUGGGUGUCCCCUACGAGCAGUGGAAGAUACUUAACGAAAUCGACGCUGGAGUGUGUGAGGAAAUGACCUAUGCGAUGAUUGAGGAAAAGUACCCAGAGGAGUUUGCUAUGAGAGACGAGGACAAAUACCAUUACCGCUACCCUGGUGGAGAGUCCUACCAAGACCUGGUUCAGCGUCUGGAGCCGGUUAUCAUGGAGCUGGAGCGACAGGGCAACGUUCUGGUCAUCUGCCAUCAGGCUGUCAUGCGCUGUUUGCUCGCUUAUUUCUUGGACAAGGGCGCAGAUGAUCUACCCUACAUGAAGUGUCCCCUGCACACUGUCCUGAAACUCACCCCAGUGGCUUAUGGAUGCAAAGUGGAAAUGUUUGAUCUGAAAGUGGAAGCUGUUAACACUCACAGGGACAGACCAUUGAUCAAAGUGAGAACGCCGCCACUUUUAUUCCGCAGGAACAGCUUUGAUCCGCUGUCCACCGAAUACCAGAUUAAACGGCCCCGUAUGUACAGUAUGAGCAACGUUUCACCUUCACCCGCACUCCCUCCUCCAGCUUUUCCCAGUACACCGAUAUCCAAGGGCAUCAAAUCGCUGCAAAGAGAGAACUCUCUGGAUUGUUUCAGCACUCCAGACACGGGAGAAAAAAGCACAUAGAGGUAUUUUCCUCUAAUCUGCACAAUCAACUUCAGUCGCCUUCGCCUCGGUGUUUUCACUCCUUCCUUUAACCGUCCAAGGCUGGCUCCUCUGUGGGAACGUUUUCCCAGCUCUGCCGAUCAUCAGUAAAAUUCCAGCUGUCAUAUUAAGAAAAUGCAUCUCUUCUGUGUAACAUUAUGUAACAUAAUGUUACACAGUUUGUCCAUUUUAGCAUGGUUUUGCACGUAUAUGUAUGAACUCACUGCUUCUGAAUGAUAGCCAUUAUAUCUGCACUGUGUUCAUGCCAAAUAUGCAAAUGAAAGAUUUGUAGUAAAAAGACCUAAACUUGCGACAUAAUUUGUAAGUCUCAGUCAGUAUAAAAGGGAAGAAGAGGGCGUCUCUUGAAGACAGCCUUGAUUUGUCCUCUGAUAAUUUUUUGAUUUUCUAUUUCCUUUGUAAACAUUCCAAUGCAAUGUGCCCUUCCUUGCUGUAAUUUGACAGUGAUGUAACUACCCUGUUUUAAACUGUGAUUAAAGCUUGUGGAAUUGCUUUUUAGAUUCAGCUCACAAACAAAUGCUAUAAAGAAAUAAUGAAACACUCUGUCUAGCCCUUUAAAAGUACAGGAGUUCACUUUUCUCUUUAGUCUGUGAAAAAUAAUUCAGCUUUUUCUCUUUUCUGAUGUCUUGUUGUGUCUGAAUGUAUCCCUCCUUUCUACUGUUAUACUACAGGUAUAAUUAACAAUACCGAAUUCACCCAAAGAAGUUUUAAACCACUUAGUAAUGUUUGAGUUUUAUUUAUGUUGCUGGCUUUUUAUUUUGGAAUUAAAUUGAGCAAGUGCCUUUAUUUAUUUCAGUGAGACUCUGUUAAGGCCUGUACUUAACAGUAUUCAAAGUAGUAUGAUUUGCAAAGUAAUAUUUACAUCGAAUGAAUACAAUAUUGAUGUAUUUGUACGUCUUAAAGAGAGCUUUAAAGUCUGCACACAUCUAUUAAAUGAAAGGACUUGUAUUGCAA